CCCGACGCUGAGCGAAGUUGACCGAGUGGAGCCGAGCGGAGAGGGUCAGCUGACAGCGUCGCUCCGUCCUUCGAUGGAUCAGUUUUAAAGGAAUUUGAAAGAAUCACGAAUAAAAUUCAGCCGCUGAUCGAUCGACUGAUCCGGUGACCGUGGACAUGCCGUCGCUUCUGUUCUGCGGGCCGAAGAUGGCCGCAUGUGGGAUAGUCAUCAGCAUCUGGGGGGUGAUCAUGCUGGCCAUGUUGGGAAUCUUCUUCAGUGCCAAGUCGGCUGUGCUGAUCGAAGACGUGCCGUUCACCGAGGAGGACAUCCGUGACGAUAAGAACCCUCCUCAGAACAUCUACAGUCUCUACAACCAGGUCGGCAUCAACUGCUUCAUUGCGGCUGGUAUCUACGUGGUGGUCGGUGCCGUGUCGCUCUGCCAGGUCCGGCUCAACAAACGCCAGGAGUACAUGGUCACAUAGUCGUCCCGCCACAAACUCUCCCCUGCUGUUUGAGUCUCAGUCCUAGUGCGAUCUGAUUGGUUAGGAUCAAUGAGAGGGGGCGGAGUCAGACGUCACCUUGUUUAUUUAUUUUGUGUGUUGUUGUUGUUGUUGAUGAGACGUCAUUCCUCUGAACGGACCACGCUUCAGCUUCACAAACUUCAGAUUCACGUCAUCGUCGGGAAGCGUCGCCUUGACGACGAGGAGAAACCGUCACCGAGGCGACGCCCAGACUUUCAUUUUAAUUCUAGCUUGGUGUGAGUGAAGAAGCUAAAUUCCGGUCCGUGCCGUUUGUUUAUUCAUGUGAAUCAAUGUUAAAGAUGUUUAUGUGAUCGAGAUGUUCUGGUGGAAGAUUCCCGGCAAUAAAGAGAGUGUUAAAUUAAAAAAUAAAA